AUGAGAACUUACCGUUACUCACCUUUAACUACAUUACAGAAUCAAUCAGCGAGCUGUCUGCUGACGACCGGACGGUUAUUCCCAUCUACGCCACCCGCAUAUUAUGGCGGAGAUCGCAUUAAUGCUGUAAGGCUAGCAUUCAGGCGAGCAUUUCGAGGUUAUCAGGCUCACGCUUGGGGACAUGACGAAGUAAGGCCAGUUACAGGCGGAUGGAAGGGACAAAGAAAUAAUUGGGGUGCUACCAUCUUCGAUGCAUUAGAUACGCUUAUCAUUAUGAAUUUGACUGAGGAAUUUAAGGCCGCAAGAGAACACGUAAAAAACGUGCGUUUUACGGAUACCGACGAUUAUGUAGUACAAGUGUUCGAGACGACGAUAAGAUACUUGGGAGGACUAAUCAGCGCUUACGAUCUAACAAAGGACAAAGUUUUCAUUGAUAAAGCUGUUCAACUGGCUGACAUUCUUCUUCCUGCCUUUGACACACCGUUUGGAAUUCCCUUACAUUCUGUUGACAUAAAGGCUGGAAAAGGUGUUGAUAGUCAUUAUAGACAUAAAUCAUCCUCUUUGGCUGAGAUCGGCAGCUUACAACUUGAGUUUAGAAAGUUAAGUGAGAUUACCGGGAACAAUAUCUAUGAUAAAAAAGCGCAGAAAGUAAUUGACAUAUUGAAACAGAAAAAAUCUGAACUGGCUUUACCCGGACUGUAUCCAAUACAUAUCGAUCCGUAUUCUCUAAAAUUCACAACUACUCAUGUUACGUGGGGUGGCCAUGGAGACAGUUUUUACGAGUAUCUUUUGAAACAUUAUCUGUUGACUAACGGCGAAAGAUCCGACGUACUCGACAUGUGGAAAACGGCUGUCAAUACAACAAAAGAAAGGCUUAUUUCUGGUGUAAAAGACUUUAGCGAUCUUACAUUUGUAACCCAAUGGAAGGACAACAAAGCAAUAUACAAAAUGGAGCAUCUGGCUUGCUUCAUGGGCGGCAACAUUCUCCUCGGUGGGAAGGCUUUGAAAGAUAACUCGCUUAUUGAAUUGGGGUUGAAUUUAACAGAAUCUUGUUAUAGGACGUGUUAUAGUACAGCAACUGGUCUUGGUCCUGAAAUAUUUGCAUGGAUUCCAACUAACGGAAAGGAGAGCCUAUUUAUGAGCAGAGUACAGAGGAAAAUGAGUAGGCUGGUUGGGUUUUACCCCGUUAAUUACGGAUACUAUUUGAGACCAGAGGUAAUAGAAAGCUUAUUCUAUGCGUACAGAAUAACCGGAAAUGCUAAAUAUCAGGAUUGGGGAUGGGAAAUCUUCAAAUCUAUUGAACGAUAUUGUUCUACCGAGAUAGCGUACUCUGGUAUAAAUGACGUUUCGGAUCCAAUGGGUGCUUGGGAUGAUACAGCUGAGAGGCAAGUCAUUGUUGUUUUUUUUUUCUACGCUGAAACACUCAAGUACUUGUACUUAUUGUUCAGCGAUGUCAAUGUCAUUUCGCUGGAUGAAUAUGUCCUGAACACUGAAGCACAUCCAUUCAAGAUCAUUUCUCAUUGA